AUGGCGUCGGGCAGCUCGAUGCCCUUUUCUUCCCUGCAUCCCGUCCCGACAGGCGGUCGCAAGCCCAAGAGCCUCGGCGAGUUCAUCGCACGCGUACAAUCCGAGCGCGGCUUCCGGAACGUUACCGAAGAGAGCCUUAAAGAGGAGGUCGAGAACAAGAAGAAUGGCGAAGCAGAAGUGAAGGAGGAAGACACGGCGAUGAGCGAUGGCGACGACGACAACGACGAGGAGCCACCAGAUGCUGGCGCGGCGCGAAUGGAGGUGCUAAGGAACAUCGAGUCGUGGAAUACUAGUGUUGCGCAAAACGCUGCCUUCAUGACCCUCAACUUCAUCUCCUUACUACUCUCCAAAGAAAGUCCCGCCCAGGCGGGCGUCACCCUCUCCCAAGCAUUGCGCGACUGGACCGGCAUCGGCACCCUCGGUAUCGCGAAGCGCGAAGAUAACGAAGAGCAGAAGCAAAGAGACUCCGAGCGCGCAAAGGACAACCGUGAUGUGUCUCUAGGCUGGGCGUUGCUCGACAUCGAGACGACAAAGGGGUCAGCGGACAAGGCAGCGAGCCAUCUGAGCAAAGAGGUGGAACGCGAAGCGAAGUACUGGGAUGAGGUGCUGGCGGUGCACCAGGCUGGAUGGUCUAUGUGCCGACUGCCGGCGGAACGACAUACUCUUGGAGUGAGAUUUGGGUUCUCAGAAGCUUCACCCGAGUUCAGGAACAGCAGUCUUGCGCCCCUGAGACGCGGUGACGAUGGCACAGCAUUGUUGCAGCAUGGCAGGGUCGGAGCUGGUUCCCAACGUCUCUCCAUUACCGUGAGCAGAUCGGGCGAGACCACCGGUCGUCUAGCCAUUGGGUCUUCUGUACCGGACUCGGCUCUUCUGCCAGACCGUGUUCUCGAAGCCCGAAACACCAUCUUCGCGCAAGAGCUCUGGCAUGAGCUGCAUCGUGAAGCUCAUUCUCUGGCCUCUUAUGGAGUACGCGCAAAUAACGACUCCAUCAACUUCAACCCUACUUCAGGCCCAAGCCUGACACUAGAGCUCGAGACGCUCGACGAUAGCGCCCCUACCGUGAGCGCAUCUGCCGACAACGUACUUGCGGAGGCGACACACCUCGGCCUCCAUAUCCUCCUCAGCCAUGCCCACCGUCUGAACGAGCUUCAGCGCUUACGACCAACCCCUCCUCAUCAGCGGCGCAACCAAGCGCAAAACCAGUACCACCUUUUCAGGCCCAUCAUCGCCAAAAUACUGUACGAUCGCUCAGUAGAGCAGGUCACCAGCUUCGCCGGUGAUCUCACCCGCGUCCUACGACGUGCCGGCGUUCACGCCGCUUCCUUCACUCUGAACACUCCGCAGUUCCCGACGGCCGAACUGAAAAACACCUCUGGCGGCGCCUCCAACCGUCCUAACGCUUCGCAAGCGCUCACUAGCAUGCUCACAUCACCAGCAGACUUCCAAGUCGAGCUGACCCUUACUCCGACGUCUCGCCUCCAAAUCCGCGGCCGCACAUUCCUCCUCCCCCUGACGACAACUCAAUUCCAGCUCCAACUCCUUCCUAGCCUCGCCGAGCCUACCGACGCAGAGCCCGCCCCAAGCACUCUUCAGGUCUCCUACCCCCCUUCCCGCGAAUCCUAUCCCAACUUCUCCUCCGUCCAGCUCUACCUCGCUAGUGCCGCAGCGCACGCCCUGACCGACUUCGCCAUGUCCUUCAUCCCUCUUCCCCCCUCCCAACCCUCGGAACCCGCUCGUGCGGAAUGGACCAAAUCCGUCCGCGGUACCGCCAUUCGCGACAUCGACACGGAGACGCGCGAGAUCCGCUUCGACAUCCUCAACAACGACCCCGAGAGCCGCCUGACGCUCCAGAUCGGCGCCGCCUGGCGCGCGGGGGACAAGCCCCUCGUCAAGCGCUGGGCCUGGCCGGCCGUCGGCGAGAAUGCCGGAAAGUCGGCCACCCAGCCGCACGUUAGCGAUAUCGUCGCCGCCGUUGUCCAGUCAAAGGAGAUCUAG